UGGACAGGGAGAUGUGUUUUCUCUUUUCAGUAUAACAGGAACGUCACGCUUGGCCUUUCCCACCAUCUAGCACCACAUAUUUGACAGUUUCUGUAAUACAGACAGGACUUCUGUAGUAGUUACCACGAGCUCCAUGAGUUUGGUGUAGUCUCCAGCACAGCUGCUAAUGUAAGCCUGUCAACUUCAACCGACUUCUUGCUGCAGUGGAAGUAAAGGAAUUAUAAUCAACCACACAUCUGGAUUAGGAGUGCAGGCACAUCCAGAAGUGCCCAAAGAAGCAGCUCAUGAGCCUCAGCCAAGGCACGACGAAGCAGAAAAUGAGUGCAGUUUAAAGGAGCUCAUUUCUGGGAGAUGGUCUCAGCUCUAAAGGUGCUUGUGAGGGCUGCAGGCAACCACAGCAUGAAGAAGGCUCUGGUGGGGAUCCGGGAUCAUCUCCACCACUGGGGAAGGGGGAAGAGCCCAGAGGACACCAGAACCGUGUGCUGCCCUGCUGGCAUUGCUGCGCUGCCUCCCCUGGACUGUGCCAUCUCUCCUGUGUGCCAGGGCAGUGGUGUGGUACAUAAUAUUGCUACGUAUUUGAUUAAAGUGUUUUGGUAUCCAGAUUCCUUUUGCCUCCAAAUUGUCGUUUACUCUUAAACAGUGCCAAAACUCCUGAGUGAGACCAAUUAGAUUUGCUUAGCAGGUAUCGUGUGCCACCUGUGUGGCUCAUCAGUCCCAGGACAGGGCACGUUCUGAGCUGCUACAAAGAGCUGCAGUGCAGUCAUUCAGACCUCUGUCACCCCAAAAGUGGACAGGGUUACAUGAAUAUUUGGUAAUUGGGUCAGAUGUGGAUAGCAGUGCCUCUCACACAGCAUAUGACAAGACAGAAGGACUUCUCUGAUGGUAAUUACCUGCACGGUUACAGCGGUGGUGGUAGUUUCCUGCAAGAGUCUGUAAACCUUAAGGGACUACAACAGGAGUUUGUUUUGGUGAAGAAAAAAGGAGAACCUUCCAAAGGUCUGCAGGGAGCAGUGGGGAUUUUGCUGACUGAAGAUGCUUCUUCACCAAGUGGUCUUUGGCUGUUGCUGCAAAUAUGUCCUUUGAGCAUCUCCUUUUUAUUUUCUUAUUUAGGUGGCAACUUCUAGUUACCCUGAUUACACGAGGGCCGUAACUGAUGUCAGCACAGCGGUCAGGGAUCAGAAGAGAACCCAGCCACCUGCAGCAAACCAGGAUCUCAGCAAGGAAACGUGACAGCACGUUUACAGCCAAGCUUAUCGUCCAAAACCUCCUCGCGAGGACACAAAGGAGCCGUAAGAACCUGAGGCGGAGGUGUAUUAUCUGAAAAAUCUGAGAAUGGAAUGACUACAUUUUACAUUAAUACAAGUUUCCAGUAUGUUAAAUAAAGCCUUGGAAAUGGCUCUACAAUUGAUAAGCCUCAUUUUGGAUGUCUAGAACAUCUGUGCAAAGCAGCUGGAAUUAGUUGAAUGCAAUAACUGCUGCUGAUUGAGUUGCAUCCUCCAACAUGACCAGUCCUCAGCCUGCGAUAGAAGGUGGUGUUUCAGAAGUUGAGAUAAUUUCGCAGCAAGUUGAAGAAGAGACCAAAAGCAUUGCCCCUGUACAGCUUGUUAAUUUUGCUUAUCGAGAUCUACCCUUAGCUGCACUUGAUCUGUCUGUGGCUGGGUCCCAGCUUUUGUCAAAUUUGGACGAGGAGUACCAAAGAGAAGGAUCUAACUGGCUAAAACCGUGCUGUGGGAGGCGAGCAGCUGUGUGGCAGGUAUUUUUGCUCAGUGCAAGUCUCAACAGUUUCCUGGUAGCCUGUGUAGUGUUGGUGGUGAUUCUUCUGACUCUGGAACUCCUAAUAGAUAUAAAGCUUCUCCAGUUUUCAAGUGCUUCACAGUUUGCAGGAGUAAUUCACUGGAUCAGCCUAGUCAUCCUGUCUGUUUUCUUUUCAGAGACUGUUUUGAGGAUUGUGGUCCUUGGCAUAUGGGAUUACAUUGAAAACAAAAUAGAGGUGUUUGAUGGUGCUGUUAUAAUCUUGUCCUUGGCACCAAUGGUGGCCUCAACAGUGGCUAAUGGCCCCAACAGCCCUUGGGAUGCUAUCAGCCUUAUUAUCACACUACGAAUAUGGAGAGUGAAGAGAAUCAUUGAUGCAUAUGUCCUUCCAGUGAAAGUGGAGAUGGAGAUGAUGAUUCAGCAGUAUGAGAAAGCAAAGGUUAUUCAGGAUGAACAGCUGGAAAGACUAACCCAGAUCUGCCAAGAACAAGGGUUUGAGAUCAGACAGCUGAGGGCCCACCUUGCUCAGCAAGAUUUGGACCUGGCUGCAGAGAGAGAAGCUGCGCUGCAGGUGCCACACGUACUGAACAAGCAGAGCAGCAACAGGUACAAGGUGGUUGCCACUGAAGACUCAGAUGAUGAAGCCACUGAGACCAUCACUGAGUUGCAGUCUCCACGAGAGGAUGACAUGAACAAUUACAUCAGCCGGUACUACAAUGAGCCCAGCAGUGACAGCGGUGUUCCUGAGGCUGCCAUCUGCGUGGUCACCACGGCCGCCAUCGACGUCCAUCGCCCCAACAUCUCCUCCGAUCUCUUCACGGUGGAGGUGCCCAUGCGGCUGAGCAGCACCGGGACGUCGGCCAGCAUCACUUCGGGCAGCGCCUCCCGCUCCACCGUCAGCUCCGGCACCCAGGCGUGCAGCGAGAGCAGCCAGACGCUGGGCUCCUCCCCAGACUGCAGCGCAGCCUGCGAGGACGCGGCCGGCACCAGCCCUCGCGCAGACCUCGUGUCCAGCCAGCAGCGGGUGGCACAAGCCGUGGUCCAGGAGCUGCUCUCUUCCCUCUCUGAAGAGGCACGCCUGGCGCAGAAGGGGCUGGACCCUGUCAACCUGAAGCUGCCCAGCCCGGCCGGCUCAGUGAGGGCCAGCCCUGAGCUCGGCCACCGCCUCAGCGUCUACAACCGCAGGAAUCAGGAGAACCUCGAGGUCUUCCAGCUAAAGCCGCUCAUUGACUCUCCGCAGGGCCCCUCGGUGACUGAUGACAAGUAUGGGGCCCUGGGACCCCCCGAGCCACGGCUGAGCAAGGUACCUGAGGCCUAAGGAGCUGUGGGGCACGCUCACUGUGCUGGGUCAACGGGCAAAGCAGCAGCACCGGAGGCCACCUAUGGCACCUCCUGCAAUGGCCACCAGCCCAGGGCUGGACUCGCACCACCCAACUGGCCCCCAGCAGGCCUGCCCUGCCACCAGCUCUGGGCCAGCCGGUACCGAUGGUGUCCUCUGAGGCACAGGAGAUCUUCCCCCUGUCUUCAGCCACCAGGAUUGGACCCACAGUGCCCAGUGGCAGGGAGAAAAGACUUACGGCCGUGUCCUGCCACCAGCCUGGGGUUAGCCCCAAGGUGCACAGACCUUCCACCAGCACCAAGCUACAGCGUCCAGGGACAGACAGAGCUGCUGGCCAGCCUGCUCCAAGCCUGGCCUCCCAGCUCCCCAUGUCCUCUGCCCAGGGGCUGAGCACAGCUGGGAGGGGAGUAAGGUUGGGAAUAAACACUGACAACCACUGCUGCCUCCCUUGUUCCUGUCUUCCAUCCCUCUUCCCUCCUUCCUUACCUUAAACCUCUCCCUUCCCUUACCUUUCCUGCCUUGACUCCUUUUCCUGAUAGCUUUUCUUCACCCUCCCCUCUACCCCCACCACUUGGUGUCCCAGCCUCUUCCACCCACAAAAAGAAAGAAAAAAAACCAACAACCCCCAGUUACCUCUCUUUCCACUCCAAUCCUUUAUUACUGUUAUUCCUUCAUACCACCUCUGUCCCCACCUCCGCCCAUACCAAGCACUGCCCAGCACAAACAUACACUGACACCAGUACUCUCCAGUAAUCUUGGGGUUGUGCUGUCAUUACUGCCCAGCCCAACUGCAGCCACUGCAGUUGCUCACUUCUUCUUCAGGAGCUCCGUCAUCUCAGGCACUGCCUGCAAACACCAGUGCCAGGGUUGCACCCGCUUCCCCUCCACCCCCACAAAGUUUUUUACAUGAGGUCUCAACCCCCCCAUCACACGCCAGCCCCCUGCCCACAACUCCAGGGGCCGUGGGUCACCCCAGCUCACAGCACUCCCCACUUCCCUCCUGCUGAAUAGAGCCUCUUAAUUAUUUAAGAGCGCUACAUUUCCAUUAGGUGGAAAUAAUGCAUUCGUACAAAAUUUAUUAAGGAAAUUGCCUACAUGGUGUUUCUUCAGAAUGUGACUUGGUCUCUGCCUAACGCAAAGGCCCGUGCUCACCACUGAGCCAACGGGCAUUAGUUCAGGAAUGGCAUUAAGUGCUGGCACAGCUUCUGCCCACGCCUCCAUGGAGCUGCUGUGAGCUCACACCGCUGCCAUGUACGGCCGUGUGGGCAGCCCAGCCCACGUGUGAGUUUGCCAGAAAACUGCCAGCUGUGCCUCAGUGUCAGUAAAGCAGCAAGCCCACGCAGGAGGAGAACUGCUGCAGUCUGAAGACAACACCAGCUCUGUACGUUCAGACUUUAUGAAGCUCAAAAACUCAUUUCAGAACCUAGGUGUAGUUCUCAGAAUGGCUCACAUUCAGGAAAUGUGAACACAGGCAGGCUGAUGUGAAACCCGCCCUUCUCAACAUUUGUGGGGACUGAGUUUGGAGACUGAAAAUAAUGAAGUUGUAAAGCCAACUCUUGUGCAAAACAGUCCAAAGCAAACACCCCAUUAGAUUCUAUUACCUAUCUAAACUGUCAUUACAUCGGACAGCUUUCUCUCUCCCGUGCCCAAAGCUGAGCCUCACCUGAAAUAAGUCUGCCACCAGUCCGUAGUCUGCUACUUGGAAAAUUGGAGCUUCUGGAUCCUUGUUAAUAGCAACAAUGGUCUGCAACAAGAGGAAAGCACCGCGUGAACACUGUGAUCAUCAUGGAGGAGCAGAUGGCAGAGACAGGCCUGACCUGAGGAAACAGGCUGACUUUGCUCCCGACUUUGGGGGCAGCAGGUUACAGAUUGCAGCAUUUAACAUCUGUUAAAUCUUCCCAUUCUGCUUUGCUUUCAAAACCAAACCCAGCCUCCCACCGCCCCUAAAAGCCCACCAUCACAGCCUCCAACACUGAGCCAUGCAGUCCUAAUAACAGCAAAGUCUAUUCCUGAAAAAUCCCUUACACAGGGGCGCUCCCCCCUUGAAGAAAGUAAAGUCUGGAAAAAAAACUACAACAGAUUACCUGCAAUAUUUAAGCCAUAACAUUACAGAAAUAAAUCAGAGGUAGCACUUACUUAAAAUAAGUGUAACAGAGCUGUGCCAAAGGCCCCUGUACUUACAGCAGGCCGUGUAAUUUAUUGUGUCACACAGCAGAAAAAUGCACGUGAGCUAAAUCCCAACACAGCAGUCCAGAAAACGCCUUCCCCAAUUUGAACUCUUUCAUAAAAGGUAAAUCCCAUCGUAAAUGUCUGUGACAGUUUCCAGCAAAAUAAGUGUGGGUGUCCAAAGCUGAAUCUCCAACAGGAUGGGGGAGACUCCAUGAAGGAGGAAAAAAAUUCUAAAUAAGCAACAGCUCAUAAAACGAUCCUAACAGCCGUUGGCCUAAACCACAGCACUCUGCCACUGCCUCUCCACCUCACUGCUUCCACUCAGAUUUGAGGCAACAGAUUCCCCAGGACAGCUCUAACCAACAUUUCCUCUGCACACCUACCUGCCAUUCCCAGGUAGCCACAGCUCAUGGUUCUCAUAUGCUUUGCUCCCUCCACCGACUGUACUUGUCUGACAAAAUUAAUGGCUCAGUAGCAUACAUCGGUGGCAAUAACUCAAAGAUAAAAGUUCACAAAUCCUGUGUUUUUAAGCCUACAGAAACCUCCUUCCUUCACAGCUCGUUUGUAUCCCAUGACUUGCUGUAAAGGAGAACCACAUGGUUUACACAACAAGGCAGUACCUACAGCAGCGCCCUGCUGCUGCCUUCUCGCCAGCUCACGAGCACAGAGCUGCAAGAUGCCAGCAUACCUGCCCAACACAUUCCUCCCAAAGCUUCUCAUUUUCUAUUUCUGUUACUCCUUUUGCCAAUGCAAGCCUUUGCUAACAGCUCUACAGCGCAGGAAGCAAAACCCAGCUUGUGAUAGGAUAUUAAUUCAAAAGACCGAAGCCGUGCUCUGAGGCCCCACCACGUGUUCCCAGAGCUGCUCCCAGGGACACGAGGACUCGUAGCCAUGGCUGCAGCGGGCAGGACAGACUGGCUGAGACAGCAGAGAACACAGCUGUACACCCCCAGCGAGCCCUGCUGUGGGCAGGCAGCAGGCCCCAAGCCCCUGCCCUCACCACCUCACCAGGCACAAGGGAGAGGCUUGCAGGAACUGCAACUCUCAGAGCUUGUCACUUCACCACACAGCACGCCUCCAGCCACCAACCCUGCAGACUCAGCUCCCUGCGCUUCCUCCUUCAGGCCCACAGCCCUGGAAGCCUCAAUGGGAAAUGCUGCGUCACACUGACCAAAACAAAGUAGCAACGGCUGCUCCAAAAGCAUCUGCCUUCAGCUGCAGUUGGCAGCCCCAGCCCUCCUCUCGCUGAAGGGACUUUUUGUAAGAUCUGGUUCUCUACCUCAUCUCCACAGUCAGACUUCCCACCCUAAGAAGAAAAAGCACCACUUGGCUUGCAACGAUUACAGCAAACUUUCGUAAGUUACAUCUCUUAGAAGGAAAAGAUGCUGUAACUACCUCAGGAGGGAACUGAAAUAAGUAUGGAAAGCAACAAGGACUCGCCAGGCCUCCUCCAAAGCUGCAUUUUCUACCUUGCUGUAAGAGGACAAAAAUGACUCGCUUCGCUCAGUAGAAAGCAGUUUGGAAAGCAUAUCCUGAAGUGUGCGAGUUCACAGUGCCAGAGAGUGCACAGUGCCAAUGGGAGGAUGGGGGAAAUCCAGGGGCCGUUUCCAUGGCUGCAAAACUCUUUUGUUUGUGUAAAUGGGAACUUUUCAGCAACUCCAACACCUGCACUCAGGCUGAAAGGAAAGCAGGAUUCACUUCAAACACAUGGACGCAAAACUGAAGUUCAGAAUGCACCUAUUUGUUCACUACAGAAAAAGUGUUAUCUCUGGGUAAAAAUAAACCUAAGUACGCUUCUCCUACUGACAAACUUUAUCUUAUUUGAUAUAAAAACAUCUCAAAAUAUCCAACAUGGUGCUGGAAAGGCAAAAAGAGCAGAGGCUUUGCAGAGAUGGCUGUGACAGCACUGCGCCAGCACUGCUCCUGCUCUGCCCCCACGUCUCCCUGUUGCUGCACAGCAACAAGCAGGGGAGGCUGCACUGACCCCAUUUCCACUAAGGCCACUGAGAGCACACUGCUGCUGUGCCACUAUCCACACCUUUAUCUCUCUCCUCAGCAGUGACCUUCAGCUCCACCCAUCAAUGAUCCUCAAUUUUGACUGCUUCUUCCUCAACUGUGGAGACAAGUGAGAAUAGCUUGCGUCCGUUUUAGAAGGGUGAGACCCAAAAAAGGCUGCUGCGCCCACAUUUCCCCCCAGAAACAUUUGAUUUGAGUGAUAUGUGCAAAAAGAACUAAGAAGCAGCAUGGAUCACCCUACCAAGCAGGUUGGCUUGUGAGGAUACAUACAGCCAUGUGAGCCCAUUGCAGUCUAUCACUGCUCAGACACAAAGGAGGAUUUUAGGGAUCUGUCUGCAAGGUUUUGCACAUUUUUUCCUCUGCUUGUGAUGGUUUUACAAGCUACUCCAAUUCCUGGCUGCCAGAAGACAAACCCCAACCCAGCAAAGCUUCUGAAAAGUUCCCUGGAAGUAGAAAACUAAAUCAAUCCUUUUUCUCUACAAUUCCUCAGCAGGAAGCAGAACAGCUUUCAUUUUAUUUGGUUUGGUUUGAAGUGUUUGGCACCUGACAGCGGGAUGCAGCAAGUAAUUCUGCUGCUCUUUCCAAACAUUGCACUGUGGACCAAAUUGGCAAUGCCAGUUGCAGAUUAUUUGCUUCAGCAACUAAUGAGUUAAGCCUUUUAAAGUUUGACUGCCAUUUUACAAUAGGUUUCCAUUUGAAUAGCUAAACGCAGGAAUGUCAGAGACAUCUUUUACUUUAUGGAAUAGUAAGUUCAUAAUUCAAAUUACACAUUGUUAUGCAUGAAUUAAUAUGUCAUACUCUGAAAUAAAUGCAAAUGCAUCUAUUGUAUAGAA